CCUGCUCUCUCUCUCUGCUCCCCAUCUCUCCCCCCUCCGUCGCUCGCUUGGAUCCCAGAGAGGAUGAGAAGACGCAGCUGAGCGGACACAGACGCGGGAGACACCGUUGACCUGUGGACAACAGCUCUGCCUCUGAGACAUCUGCAUUUCUACACAAACAGCAUCAUGACCAGGAAGGUGUUCACCAACACCAGGGAGCGAUGGCGCCAACACAACGUCAACACCGCCUUCGCAGAACUCCGCAAGCUCAUACCGACCCAUCCUCCGGAGAAGAAGCUGAGCAAGAACGAGAUCCUGCGUCUGGCCAUGCGCUACAUCAACUUCCUGGUGCAGCUGCUGGAGAGCCAGAGCGGCCAGCCGGCCAGCCACUCCUCCACCGCUCUGCUCACCUUCCUGAGAGGAAACAUGGAGCAGCUGCACUCGCCCCCCCACCCCUGGACCACGACGAGUGACACUGAUGCUCCGUCACCUGGAUCCAGCUGUGGCAGCUCCGAGGCCUGGUAAAACUAGUCCUGAGUUUAAAAGAAGACACUGGUGAGACUUUUGGAGUCAAACAGCAGAUUGGUGCAUCGUGACUCAUGUUUCGGAGCAGAUGGACGUGUGUGAUGCCACCAACAGAUUAUUUAUGUUCUGCACGGGGGUGCAAAUCCUGGACACUUCAAGUUUUCAUGUUAAUGUUCCUUACUGCUGGUCUGCCCGAAACUCUGUUUACAACAGAGGAAAAGUUUGUCAUUGAGGAAAAAAACACAGGAUUGUUAAAUUUCUCAUUUGAGGUCGAAAAUUAAGCAA